UUGAUCAUCAGUUGAGUAAAUUGUCAGUAGCCGUCAAUAAUGUCAGACAACGUCAGACGCAUAGCUGUUAUGAUUUAGAACCGAAUAAGCAUGUCGUCGGACGAGGAGAAUGACGAACUGCAAGACCUGGAGGCGAUACGCGACAAGGUUCUUAGCAGCCCACACAGCAAGCGUAUGCAAGUGAGCGCCUGGGAAGACGACGAUGAUGGUGUGGAAGCAGAACGUAAUGCAAGAGAACCUGACGCAAAGGCCAUGUUGAGCGCUGCCGAGAAGGGAAACCUGGAAAAUAUUAAGAAUUUAUUGAGUAAAAACCAUCACUUACUCAACUGUACCGAUAAGGAUGGCUAUACUCCGCUUCACAGGGCAUGUUAUGGCAACAAUGUGGAAGUGGUGGAGUAUCUACUUGAAGCAGGGGCUAGAAUAGACGCUAAAACUCAAGACGAAUGGCAACCUCUACAUUCUGCAUGCUGUUGGAAUAACAUAGAAUGCGCCGAAGCCUUAAUCUCAAACGGAGCACAUGUUAAUGCAACAAGCAAAGGAGAUCAAACACCUUUACAUUUGGUUUCCGCUAGUUCAUACAAUUCCUCUGCUCUCCAGCUUCUUCUUUUGCAUCCUGACACGAAUCCCUACCUGGUUAACUCAAGUGGAGACACGGCAGAUCAGAUCGCGAGAAGGACUACCAAAAACUAUCCUAUGUUUGAAAUAAUUGAGCCCUGCUUAAAUGAGAUUUAAAGCCAAGUGAUGCCAGCAUCCCGAAGGAAGCAUGCCGUUUAUCGAAGUUUCGGAGAUCGUUCGAUUUAUCUUAU